UAUUUACCAUAAGAUUUGUGACUCUGCCGAUAUUUUAAAACGUUGAAUGAAAUUUAUGGAUAGUAUGGGUAUUUUGGAUAACGUGAACGUUUGAAAAAGCCGAUUAAGUGUGCGUUUGUGAAACCAUAUAAAUAGUUACCCUUGUUAAUUGUGUCUGUUAAAGAGAAUAGAAAUUCUGUUUAAACGAAAUGUGAUUUAUAAACGGUUAGAUAUACACCCGAGCAACAUUAUUACAGACUUUCUGAUCCGCGAUGAAAUGAAAUUAACUGGCGAACUCUGCAUAAGGAAACCACUCAUAGUUAUGCAAAAGAAAACUAGAUACACAUAAACACUUAUUGAUCUGUUUUCGUAAACCUUAUAGUGAAUUAACCGAACCGACUGACAUAGGACACUUAAAAUCAGUGAUGCAACAUCGGCGCACUUUUAUAUUGAUAUGUUAUUUUAUAUUGUGUGCCACUCGCAUUGUGGUUAAGUAGUUGCACGAUUUACGUGUCAGGCGUUUCAGCGAUAGGCGUGUUUUAGUUCUUGUUGUCCUUAUCAGUGUAUACAUGCGACUUUCCUGUUUUACUUCAUUAAUUAUAUCAAAACAAUUUGUUUUACAGUUGUCAACGUAAUUAAUUGGUCAUACAAUUCUGUCUAUAGCAUAUGGACGAACUGAAAAUGGAGACAUUUCAAUAGUGACAGUGAACAACCCUGAAAAGGUCUUAUUUAAACACUAAAGAGGCAUUUUUCAUAUUACUCGUUAAGUGUGGCAAUGGAUGGUGCACGUGCUAAGUCACGCCAAAGUUCGCACCGGAAGCCAUCCGCCGUGGCCGCUAUUGACUUUGGUACGACCAACACCGGGUACGCGUACUACUUCCGCCCUGCACAGUACCGUCCUAUCGCUGCUAACGAUAUUGAGGUUAAAAAACAGGUUCCCACGACUGUUCUGCUAUCACCCACUAAGGACUUCGUAGCGUUUGGAGAAGCUGCCGAGGAUCAGUACCGGAACUUGACGGUCGAGAAGAAACACAACGAGUACUACUACUUCAGGCACUUCAAGAUGAAUUUACAUCAUUUACCUCAUCUGUCAAAUGACAUUACUAUAAAAGAUGCAACGGGGAAAGAGAUGCAAGCAAUGACAGUUUUUAAAGAAGCAAUAAAGUAUGUAAAGAAAGAACUUCUCGAAAAGAUGAAUGGAGGACAAACCGGUGAUAUAUCAGAAUCCGAAGUCCGAUGGGUCAUCACAGUCCCUGCCAUCUGGAGGGAUUCGGCAAAACAGUUCAUGAAGGCAGCCGCUAUACUGGCUGGAAUCCCAGCGAAAGGACUGGUUCUCGCUUUAGAGCCGGAGUCAGCGGCAAUUUGCUGCAAGGACAUGGCGCUUAAUAACGUGGCAGGCGUCGAAGGUGUCAUGUUGAAGGCGUUUGAUCCCGGACAGAUGUACAUUGUACUAGACUGUGGAGGGGGCACAGUGGACACCACCGUACACGAGGUACAGACGGACGGGCGCUUAAAAGAGCUGCACGCGGCAGCAGGUGGUCCCUGGGGCGGCAAACUGGUCAACGACGCCUUCGAGAAACAUAUUUGUGAUAUGGUGGGAAGUGAUAUUUUUCACAAGUUCAUGAAGGAAGACACGUCUCAAUGGCUUGAAUUCGAAAGCAACUUUGAGGCGAAGAAGAGACGAUACGAGGGUAAACAAGACAUAACUUUGACCUUUCCCGCAUACUUGAUUUCCGCGUUCAAAACUGUCAGAAAAAUUGAACUGCAGGAUCACUUUGAACGAGAUUAUAUGAGAAAUAGGAUGUGCCAACUCAUUGGCAAUAACUUGGUGCUAAAGCCGAAACUGAUGGAUCACUUGUUCGCAAACGCUACUGACAAAAUAAAUGCUCAUAUCGAGGAUUUGCGACGUAAGGAGAAACUGAAAAUUAUCUCAACAAUCCUGUUAGUAGGUGGAUUUUCAGAGUCUAAAGCUGUAGUGAACGCUGUUAAAGAGCACUUUAAGAAUGAACUCCGUGUGGUCACGCCACCUUAUGGCGGGUCUGCAAUCUUGAAAGGCGCGGUUAUGUACGGCUGGGAUCAAAAUAUCAUAGCCGUGCGAGUUUGUCCAUUCACGUACGGCGUGCACACAAGAUGCGUGUACAAUGCAAACAUACACAAAGGAUCAACUCCGAAGGAAUUCAAUGGUAAACGGGUUGUGGACAAUUGUUUCCAUAAGCAUCUAGAGAUCGACGAGCCGGUCCUAGUUGGCGAAAAUACAACUCCAAGCACCUACACACUCAUAAAUAGAAAUAAGUUAGUUGCUACCUGGAGAAUAUACAAGUCCACACAAAAGAAUCCUGUUUUCUGCCACGAAAAGUCUUGUUCUCAUAUUGGUACUCUAAGAAUUGAGAUCCCGCCAUCGGUCAAGGAGACCAAUAUCAAGAUGAACAUAUGUAUGACUUGUUGCGGAACAGAGCUGAAGGCAACGGCCUUCCUGCCAGACCACAAGGGAGUCGAGUGUGUAGCAAACCUGGACUUCCUGGACACCAGCAGUCUUGAAAGCGACAUGGUUUCCAGCUUCACGGAGUAAUCCGCAUAGAACCAGCAAGUUAUUGUGUAUCAACGCAGAUUUGAUCGUUAACAAAAAUUGUACUGUGCAGUUUGCAUAGCAAAACAUUUUAAAAGGACAAAUCAUAUGUAGGCAAAAGGAUAACAAUGCCAACAGGAAUCAAUUGGGCAAACAUAUUAGGUGGUUAACAGAGAAUUCAAUACCAUUUAUAUCCGGUCAGAAGACUGGUUUAAAGAAGCAUUACCAUUGUGGCUCAGAAUGCUGCAAGUAUGACUCCUUUAUUGUAUAUGUGUAUGUUCCACCUCGUGUAUAGGUAUAUAAUGCAGAACACACACAUUAAAUCGAGUAAGAUAAACAUGAAAUAAGGUUUUUGACACUAACCUAUAUCACCGUCUUCCACACUCAAUUUUUUUCGCCGAAGUCUCCUAGGUGUACUAGUGUUUCAUACUACAAUUAUACUUAUAAUAGUUCGACAGAUUAUUAUAUCGUUAUUAACAAUUAACGAGUGUAGUUUUUCUGUCUUUAAAUCUCGAAAAAUGACGGUAAUGCGAUGCUAGCAGCAGGUAAUGUAUAAUAUACACAAAUUCAAUACAAAUAUGUAAAACACAUUAAUUGUGUCCAGUUUUCUUAGAUAAGACACCAUUUUUCUUGUAACGAAAAAUCAUAACAAUGCCCAUCUCCUUUCUGACAUCUUGACCUAUGUCUAUAUGCUGCAUGUCUUGUUCAGUGCCAUGGCAUUUGGGUUAUUCAGCUGUUUCUAUACUGUAACCAUGGAGUAUCUCGGCUCCUUGACCAGUCAUAUCAACUGCUUCUUCACCAGCUUCAUCAGUUGUUCUUUCUUCAGGUUCGUCCAUGGUUUCUUCUGCCUGCUCAGCAGAAACAAUUCCUUCUAAGUCCCUCAUAUUAUCUUCAAGUUCUUCGUAUUGACUACCUUCAAUAU